UGAGUUGAGAGGGUUUUGUGGGUUUUUAUUACUAUCAGAGAGGAUAGACAAAAGCACUUUUCUUUAAAAGUGCUUCUUAAAAGCCUGUCUUUUAUCUUUCUCAACCUCUUUAACAUUCUUUCUGCCAUUUCUAUGGGGUUUAGUUGUGGCCCUUUUAACUUGCCUACAGUUUCUUGAUACAAACUACACCAACGCUCCAGACAUGUCUGAACCCAACAGAGAUCCCGCUAUUAAACUUUUCGGUGCUAAGAUUCCGGUUCCUGACACUCAGAUUCCGGCUGCAUCCGAUUCCAUGGACAUUAGUAAAGAAAUAGUGACAACUGAAAGCAAUGGCCCUGGGACAGAUCACUCUGAUGAGCCAGAUAAGUCUUCUAAACUGAAUAGUGUCAAGGAAGACCAGGCUUCUGUUCAAGAAAGUCAGGUUCAAGUUAACCCUGUGCCCCGGGUAGAUCAGGCUGAGACAAAUACGGACCAAGAGAAAAUUUUUAAGAGGCCAGACAAGAUCCUUCCAUGUCCCCGUUGCAACAGCUUAGACACUAAAUUUUGUUAUUUCAAUAACUACAAUGUGAACCAACCUAGGCAUUUUUGUAAGAAUUGCCAGAGAUAUUGGACUGCUGGAGGAACUAUGAGAAAUGUUCCUGUGGGUGCUGGCCGGCGUAAAGCCAAGCACUUUGCCUCUCAAUUUCGUCAGAUAAUGGUAUCUUCGGAUGGGGUGCCAAUUACAGGUCUAGAAACACCAAACUCAAUCAAUCACCAACUUAUAUCAUGUAGUGAUUCUACAACCACGUUGAUGCCUUCAACUGGAAAUGGGAUGGUUCUAAAAUUUGGCCCUGAAACACCUCUGUGUGAAUCCAUGGAGACUGUACUUAAUCUAGGAGAUCUGAAGAGAACUGUUGAGAUCAGUGCAUUAAAUGGUCUGGAAAACCAAGAGGAGCCUGCUUCGUGUGGAUCUUCCGUGACAGCUUCCAGCAUUCAAGGAAAUGAAUUGCCUGAAAAUGUUAAACAGAAGGAGUGUCUUAUAUCGGCUGGAUCUUGCAGUGAGCUCAAUACACAUCCAGUGCAUGGUUAUCCUGUUCCUCCGUGGGGUGUUCCUUGGAAUCCAAGUUGGAACAAUGUGGCUUCUGUAGCAGCAGCUCAUAGCUCUUCUGAUCGAGUAUCUAUGCCAAAUGGCAACAAUCAUAGUCCAGUUCAGUGGUGCCCAGCUCCAGUGCUAGCGGUUCCUGGAUACUGCCCACCCAACAUUCCUCUACAAUUUGUUCCUGCAAUGCAUUGGGGCUGCAUGACCAUGUGGGCAGCUGGAGCAGGGAACAUCGCAAUGGGUGGAUCUAAUGGUUGCGUGUCUCCAUCGUCCUCAACUAGCAACAACAGUUGCUGCUCAGGCAAUGGUUCGCCAACUCUAGGCAAGCAUUCAAGGGACCGAAAUCUUAUGGAAGAAGAGCAAUCAGAGAAGGGUAUUUUGGUUCCAAAAACACUGAGAAUCGAUGAUCCAGACGAAGCUUCAAAGAGCCCUAUAUGGGCUACGUUAGGCAUUAAACCUGAUGAGAUAGAUCCCAAAUCAAGUGGCACUAUUUUUAAAGGCUUCAAACCCAAAAAAGAAGGCAAGAGCCAUCUACUGGAUGGUACUCAAAUCUUGGAAGCAAACCCGGCAGCUCUUUCACGUUCUUAUACAUUCCAAGAGAGUACCUAAAGCACCACUGAUGGAAUUCUGGACAAGAAACUUUGUUUAUAUCAUCUUUGCUUAUUUUAGGUCCUCAUUGUCUGUAUUCUGAGCCAGCAACAAUUGCUUCUUGGUGUACUCUUCUCUUUUGGGCAAUGAACUUUGGAGAAACCAGCUCUUGGAAAUGAAAAGCUGCAACACUGAAGACUGUUAGACGUUUCUGUAAAUAUUACAGGAUAGAAGUGUAGUCCUUAUCUAUGAUGGAUGCCCAUUUUAGGUUUCUGUUCAUAUACUCUUCUGUAUUUCUAUAUUCACUCAUAAAAAACGAGAGAGAGCUGUUGUUUAAGUCUAGUAAGUAUAAUUCAAACAUAAAAUUUGCUAACCCAAAUUUGGGUUUCUCUUUUUGGAUAA